UCACAUCACCAACACACCAAAGUCCCACAUAACUAUCUCAAGAUAUAGAACCCCAUUAGACAAUCCAAUAGCCAUGAGGACAUCUAGCUUCCUCCUCAUCAUCGUUGUUGCGUUCCUCUAUGCCAUUGGCUCACCCGCCACAGGCUGUGGGGAACGGAUGGGUAACCAAUUGUGGAACACAACAAUAGAGAAUGGAUGGAAACCAAUUGGAAACAUCAAUGACCAACACAUCCAGGAGCUCGGACGUUGGGCGGUGUUGGAGUUCGGCAAGCACGUGAACUGCGUGCUCAAGUUCAACAAGGUGGUGAGUGGCAGGCAACAACUUGUUUCUGGAAUGAACUACAAACUCAUCAUCGACGCAUCAGACAUUGGCGGGAAAGAUGACAAGUACAAGGCAGAUGUGUACGAGCAGGAGUGGACUCACAAACGCCAGCUCCUCUCAUUCGCCAAGGUGAAAUAGGCGGGUAGCAAUAACUUCGGUAGUAAUAAUUGUGAUGUUGCAGAUUUGUUAACUAUUUUUUAUCGACUAAUAAUUUAUCCUGUUGUGUUGCCAUGCUUGUAACAUAUCAAAUAGCAUACAUCUACAACUUGACAA